AUGAAGCUCAAUCCGACCAAAUGCGCUUUCGGCGUUUCCUCCGAGAAGUUCUUGGGAUUUAUGGUCUCACAAAGAGGAAUCGAGGCGAAUCCCGAGAAGCAAGUGCGAGGAAGCCUUCGGGAAGCUAAAAGAAUAUCUGACCAAUCCGCCACUCUUGAGCCCCCCCGGCGAAGGGGAAUACUAUAUCUCUACCUAGAAGUAUCUCCCUCGGUAGUCAGCUCAGCAUUGGUCCGAGAAGACUCAGGUAUCCAACAACCAGUUUAUUUUACCAGCAAAGCACUCCAUGGAGCCAAAGAGAGAUUGGUGAACUGGUCGGUAGAGCUGGGGCAAUUCGACAUAGAAUUCCAUCCUCGAACUUCUAUCAAGGGUCAGGUCCUAGCUGACUUCCUCCUGGAAUUCAGUAAUACACCCGAGAGCGAAGAACUGCCCAAGAAGAAGACUUGGGUAGCAUAUGUAGACGGUUCCUCAGCUAACCGGAAGAGUGGAGUCGGUGUCACUCUGGCAAGCCCAGAUGGAGAAAGUUUUCGGUACACAAUCAAGCUAGAUUUUGUGACCACCAACAAUGAAGCGGAGUAUGAGGCCGUGUUGGCCGGGCUUUCCAUAGCCUGGGAGAUGGGAGCAAAGAACGUAGAAGUCAGAAGCGAUUCUCAGGUGGUAGUAAGCCAUGUGCAGGGACUUGUAGAGGCCCAAGGAGAAAAAAUGAUUCAAUAUCUCGACAAGGUACGUGAAUAUCAGUCUAACUUUGACAGAACCGUCAUGACAAAAGUUCCUCGGGAGGAAAAUGUCCAGGCUUAUGCUUUCUCCAAAAUGGGCUCUGGAACCGGGCCCGUCAUCAAAACAUCUACACGGGAGGUGGUAAUACAGACCGAACCUUCAAUCCUCCCGAAGCUUGAUAUGGUGGAGGUCGAAGAAAGAUCAGACGAUCCCGAAUGGGCCACUGAUGUUGUUCGGUACCUCCGCAGUGGAUCUUUACCCGAGGACAAGCUGCUGUCUCGUAAGGUGAAAAUGCACUCAGCUCGGUACAUGCUUAUCGGAGGAUUACUUUACCAAAGAGGAUAUACCGAACCACUUCUCAAGUGUCUCACGAACUCUGAGGCAGAAUAUGUGCUAAAAGAAAUACACGAGGGGGUCUGCGGGAACCAUUCAGGCUCUUGA